AUGGAGUCCUCCAAGACCUUCAUGAGAAACCUGCCGAUCACACCUGGCUACAGUGGCUUCAUACCGUACCUCAGCUGCCACGGGAUCACGGACGAGAACGACAUGUCGCAAUGCCUGCGAGUCUUCCAAGAGAACACUCAGCGCUAUAAAGACCAGCAGGAGGAGUUUUGCUGCGCAGUGGCCACAGCCCCGAUACUGAAGCCCAUGUGCUCUGAGGAGGCGGUUCUGCGGACCCUGCACCAGUACUACCGGCAGUACCACCCCUUGAGUCUGGAAAGCAAACACAUCAAAAGGCCGCUGCAGGAGCCCCCGAUCCCCGGCUGGUCUGGCUACCUGCCCAGAGCCAGGGUCACUGAGUUGGGCUGUGCCACACGCUACACUGUCAUGGCCAGAAACUGCUACGAGGAUUUCCUGAGGCUCAUGGAGAAGGCCAAGAGAGCGCCCCUGAAACUGUAUGAGGGGUUAUACGCAGUUAGAACCCCACAGCCUCCUCCUGCUCCUUCUCCAAAUGUUUCCCGGUGUGAGGGCCCGCCACCAAAAUAUCUGGAUUUCUGUACUCCAGAUAGUGGCUAUACUGCCCUCAGGAGGCCCUCGGUGGAGGAGCCCUGUCCUCUGGUGACCUACAGCUCCGCUUCCAGGCCAACGAUGUCGCGGAACGGGAGGGUUUACCUAGAGCCCUUGGCCCCAGCAAAGUACGCAGAAGGUUAGGCAAAUGGCGCCCCAGGAGAGGGGACUGUACGCUCUCCAUUCUCACCUGAGAAAGCCCCUCGCUCACACCCAGUAGGGCACUAGGGAACUUUGGUAACAUCUGAAUCCUUGUAACUGCU